AUGGACCCGAGGGACCCGAGGGACUGCGAAGACACCAGGAGGGCAGUGACCACACCGCUGAAGGGAGGAGGAAGUGCGCUUGUUUUGGUAGUGGAGGCAAACACGAAAAGUACAGAUCACACUCGCACACAGAUGGAAAACAAAGCGCCAGUUUUGCUGAAUGCGGUUCCUCCAUACGGACAUGUGAUUGCCGGUGACAAAUGGAGAAACUGUCCUCUAAUUGAGCAUCUAAAAGGUGCAGGGGUGAAAAUCCUCUUUGAAAGUGAGCUUGGGAUGUCAGACUUCCACCUGCCUAACAAAAGCUGCAUCCUGUAUAUUUCAGAAAGUGACAUAGUUGCAGGAAAUGGCUAUAAGCGAAAGCUGGUUCGCUACAGAAAUGCUGGCAGCAGCUUCCUGGGGCUGGUGCUGGUGGAGAACACCAGACUGAGUGAGCAGUACUUCACAGCUGUGCAGAAGUUUGUGGUGUUUGACCUUGGCCUGACCCUUCUGCCUGUUAGUGGACAGACAGAGGCCUCUCAACUUAUCGCUCAAAUUGUGCAUGGUGAGAGGCGUGAGAACCCCUUCAGGAGGAGGACCUCCUCGCGGUUGAUGGACCCACAGAUUCUGUCCACAGUGCAGCUCCUGCCUGGUGUGGGCAGGGUCAAAGCUCUGGCUCUGCUCCAGCACUUCCCCAGCAUCCAUCAGCUUUGUAAUACACCUCUUGCAGAACUAGAGCCUGUCGUGGGUCAAGCAGCUGCUCAUCAAAUCUACAACUUUUUCCAUGAACCCUCUUAA